AUGGACCUGAUUGACCUUCCGGUGGUGGGGAGUAAUUAUACAUGGUUCAAGGAUAAUGGAAGAUGUAGGAGUAGAUUAGGCAGAAUGUUAUUUACUGUAGGAGUUAUAAACACAUGGAAUUUGGUGGCUAAAAAAGUUGGGGCUAGAGAUAUGUCUGACCAUAGACCGUUAUGGAUUAAAGCUAACAAACUGAAUUGGGGAGCAAAACCUUUCAAAGUCUUUAGCUUCUGGUUUGAUCACCCGAAGUUCUUAGAUUUUGUUAAAUUGGAAUGGAAUGCAAUCAAGGUAAUAGGAAGUGUUGCGCAUAUUCUAAAUGAAAAGUUUAAAGUGACUAGAGGAAGGUUAAGGCUUUGUAAUAAAGAAGUAUUUGGUUGGGUGGAACUUAACAUUGAUGAAAAGGUUGAUGCUCUUAAGAUGGAGGCAGUGAGUUCUGUUGAUAAGGAGAAGCCAAUUUUGGAUAGAAGUAUAACAAAUAUGGAAUUAUGGAACAAAUUGAAAUUACAAGAAAGUUUAAUCAAAUAG